AUGGGACAAUGCGGUGUUGGUGUCUGCAGUAUUCCGACUCCUGAACACUGGUGGCUGCAAGCUGCGAUUUUGGAGUCCUCUCAUUUCCUAUCCUUAUCUCCGCCCGCGGCUGCGUUGGCCAGCUAGCUUUUGAUUUUGUAUCUGGUCACUGAUCAAUAAAGCAACCUAAGGAAACAUAGGACACCAUUACCUCACUGCCAGCUCUGGCCCUGGGCUUGUACAGGGAGCUCAGGGUCUCUGCACCAGUGGGCUGCAGAAACUUAGUCAGAGCGCCCUCAGUCCCUGAGGUCUGAAGCUCGCCGCUGCGCAUUCUCCUCCUGGGAACGUGACCCCAGCAGCACCCGACGCAGAGACGCCAGCCCACAUACUGCAAGAGAUGUCUGGCUCGUACUCAGCCACCACCACAAUCACAGCGCCCCCCUCUGGGGGACAGCAGAAUGAAGGAGAGAAGUUUGAAAAGAAUCCUCACCACUGGGGAGCAGAUGUUCGCCCCGAAAUAAAAGAUGACUUAUAUGACCCCAGCUACCAGGAUGAGGAGGGGCCCCCGCCCAAGCUGGAGUACGUCUGGAGAAACAUCAUCCUCAUGGCCCUGCUGCACUUGGGGGCCCUGUAUGGGAUCACACUGGUUCCCUGCAAGGUCUACACCUGCCUCUUCGCAUAUUUGUACUAUGUCAUUAGUGCCUUGGGCAUCACGGCCGGGGCGCAUCGCCUGUGGAGCCACCGAACUUACAAGGCGCGCCUGCCGCUGCGGCUCUUCCUCAUCAUUGCCAACACCAUGGCUUUCCAGAAUGAUGUGUAUGAAUGGGCCCGAGAUCACCGCGCCCACCACAAGUUCUCAGAAACACACGCCGACCCUCACAAUUCCCGGCGUGGCUUUUUCUUCUCUCACGUGGGCUGGCUGCUUGUGCGCAAACACCCGGCUGUCAAAGAGAAAGGUGGAAAACUGGACAUGUCUGACCUCAAAGCUGAGAAGCUGGUCAUGUUCCAGAGGAGGUACUACAAGCCCGGCAUCCUGCUCAUGUGCUUCAUCCUGCCCACACUGGUGCCCUGGUAUUUCUGGGGAGAGACUUUUCAACACAGCGUUUAUGUUGCCACUCUACUGAGAUAUGCCUUGGUGCUCAAUGCCACCUGGCUGGUGAACAGUGCCGCCCACCUCUAUGGCUUUCGCCCUUAUGACAAGAACAUUGACCCACGAGAGAAUGCCUUGGUUUCCCUAGGAACUCUGGGCGAGGGCUUCCAUAACUACCACCACACCUUCCCCUACGACUACUCGGCCAGUGAGUACCGCUGGCACAUCAACUUCACCACGUUCUUCAUUGACUGCAUGGCUGCCCUGGGCCUGGCUUAUGACCGGAAGAAAGUAUCCAAGGCUGCUGUCUUGGCCAGGAUCAAAAGAACUGGAGAUGGGAGCCACAAGAGUGGCUGAGUUUGGGGUUGUCUUUGUUUCUAUUCCCAAAGCCAGCUGAGCAGAGGUUUAAUAAUGUUAUUUAAAUACUGAAAAACACCAUCAAUGUUCUAAAGAGUCUCGUUUUAAGACAGUAUUCUUGUAGAAUAAUUCAAAUAUUAAAAGGCAAAAACUCUUUUAUGAUGUAAGUAGA